CCAAAUGGACUAUUCGACAAUGUUCACAAUGUCGAAUUGGCUACGUUCCAAGAAGAAAAUGUUCCAGGUUUUUUUUUUCAGAGUCGAAUGGCUAUCGGUCUAUUGAUAAUGCUGAAUUUCGGCAAUUCAAUCCUUCUUUCACUGGAAGCAUUCGGCCCGGAUUCUAUUCUAUCGUUUUCAGUAUUCAUUCUGAAUACGAUCAUUGUAAUUUUGGCUUUAUAUGGUAUUUUUUCAUUCAAACCGAUCUUCCUCACACCGAAUGUAAUCGCAAAAGUCUCAUUAUCAUCAGCGGCAUUGUUCCACGGCCUACAAGAAGCUGAAUCAAACGACUCGGCCUCAGUCUUUCACUUCCUUUGGCUGCUAAUUUCUGUGUGCCUAUUCAUCUGGGAAAUACAUGCGAUGUUCAGUGCUACAUUUGGUGUAAUGAAAGAAAUGAAACUACGUGCAUACAGUAAACCGCCCCCAAGUUACAAUCAGGUUAUCGCUGACGAUGCACCUCCUCCAACAUAUGCACAGGCACUUGAGCGACUUCAUAAACCAGUUGUACUUGAUGUAGUUGCUCUCGAAUCAAAUUCCAACCCACCUACUCCUUCAUCGGAGCCAACGACGACGACGACUGUUUCUGCUUUUAAGACGCAGAUUGUCUGA